AUGGCACAGAAUCUAGAUUUCAAUGCGCUGAAGGCGCGUACCAUGGGAUCUGGCAACGACGAAGAGGCGGUCACGGUUGACACACGGGGUCUGAUUUCCAAGGUUCUGGCGCGCUAUUCGGGGAAAUGGACUGUUCUACGAGAGAUGAUCCAAAAUGCUGCUGAUGCGGAUGCCUCCAGAGUUACCAUCAAGUUCGAGACCCUGCCGUCGACGACGAUCCCUUUACCAUCAGCUGCCGAUGAUACGACGUUGCUGAAGCAUACCAUUUCCCACCAUACCUUGAAACGUCUCUUGGUGUCAAACAAUGGUCUUCCGUUCAGCGAAAAGGACUGGGCCCGGUUGAAACGGAUUGCGGAUGGCAACCCCGACGAGACGAAGAUCGGUGCUUUUGGGGUCGGGUUUUACAGUGUUUUCGAUGACUGUGAAGAACCAUUUGUAUCUUCGGGGAAGCAUGCCAUGGCUUUCUAUUGGAAGGGGAAUGCACUUUUCACGCGCCGGUUGCAAUUAGACGACACAUCAAAUCCGGAAACGACCUUUGUUCUAGACUAUCGCAACGAUACAUCUCCGAUUCCAUCAUUGAAACAAUUGUGUCAGUUUCUGUCUAGCAGCCUGACGUUUGUCGGUCUUGAAACCAUAGAGUUGUGGCUGGAUGACUGGAAGCUACUGCGACUCACGAAGAAGACUGCCCCGAGUGUCAGCCUUGCCAUUCCAAGAGACAUCGAAACUAAAACUCCCCAGGGCUUGAUGAAAAUCGUAAGUGUCACGCAAGAGGUUGCGCAAGUCGAUGCGUCUUGGAUGCAGAUUGUUGAAUGGAAUCCCCACGCCAGUGUGUUUCGUGAAGGCCUUCGGGACACGGCGGGCUCGUUGCGCACCUUCUUCUCUAGACUUACUGGCCAAACCGCUCCAGAGAAACAAGCAAAGGUGGAGAAACCGGACCCUGUCAAUGACACGGAAGAAUUGAGCACCGUUGUCACAGCAUCAGUCUUCUUGCACAUCAACAGGGCAAGCAUUCAAUCCUCCGUCAGCCAGUCUUUGAGCAACGAGCUUGAACGAGCCACUCGGAAACCUCCGCCGAAAAAGUCAACAAUCGCCGUCCUGACUCCUUCCUACGACACAAGCAUGGCCUCUGGAUUGUCAGGGUCGCAGUCGGAGAUCCUCUCUUCUAUCCUCCCCUCUAAAACCGGACGGGUUUUCAUAGGGUUUCCUACCCAUCAAACGACAGGUCUUAAUGCUCAUAUAUCCGCCCCAUCUGUGAUCCCGACCGUUGAGCGUGAGAGUAUCGAUCUGAACACCCGGUAUAUCAGCAAGUGGAAUCUCGAAAUUCUGAGAGCAGCGGGUAUCGUCUGUCGAGUGGCUUGGUCCGCAGAGAUGGCUUCCAUAAAGUCAAAGAUCCAACCACUGCGAACCUCGAAAGUUAGAAAGGAAGACAUACUGGGAGUGCUUUCUGAGGCCAUACACAUUGCGAAUCAGUUCGUCUUCCGUGAGUCAACGCCGUCUUCUCUUCUAGGGCAGACGAUCGAGGAUUCUUUCUGGACGUGUAAUAAACAUGCCUCUAUAGAGGUGCUAUCGACAUGCGGUGUCAUUCAAAGCCACCAGGCACGGAUUGCUCCCAAAGAUCUCAGCUUCGUGGAUUCCAUUCCCGUUUUGCCAGACGAGUUCGUCGCCGGUUCGAAGGAUUUCGUCAAGAGGCUGAUAGACUUCGGACUGGUAACCGACAUGACUGUUUCUGAUAUCAAGAGGGAGUUGGAAGCUAGUACGCUGCGGCCCAACCAGGUUGUUGAGUUUCUUUACUGGUUAGGUCGGAGGGCGGCUUCAGGACAACUUGAUUCUCUCUCCGUCCAGAGCCUCUUGAGCGUUGCAGUAGCAAAUGACGAGGACAGUAGUGGGAAUACGACGCAGCUAAUUGUGUUCGCAGACAUUAAGAACUAUCUGAUCCCUAACAAGGUACCGGCGGACAUGCCGGUGGCGUCAUCCGUGUUGCCAUUCAAGUACACCAAAUCUCUCGGGAAACUAGAGCUGGAAGCCUUUGGUUGGACAGAGCUCCAGAUAGUUCCCUGGGUUCGCUGGCUGAUUGCCAACGCGGAGAAUCGAAAUGCUCUCACGGAAGGACAAGAUAUCACACAAGCUGCGAGUUUCGCUGCCCAGGUUCUGCCCGUUAUUUCCAAGCACUGGGAGUCUCUGAGCCAGUCGGCGAAGCAGGCUGCGAUCGACAUGCUACAACCGCGCACGGUCAUCCCAACUAAACUUGGGAUGAGACGGCCUGUGGACACCUACUUUUCUUCUGUGCGGUUGUUCGAUGACCUUCCUAUCGUACACGGUCUCAACGGUGUCAAGGAAAAGUUUUUGGCAGCACUCGGCGUUCGUAAAACAGUCGAGCUGGGUGUCAUCUUUGAACGUCUCCUAAGCACCACUGAUUCAUCGGAUGGGACUGGCAACAGCCAUCGAAAAUGGAGCCAUGUCGACCUCAUCCGCUACCUUGCUUCCGUUCACGAAGACAUUCCUGCAAAUGACCUCAAGAGACUUCGAGACACUAGCAUCUGCACGGCCGAACCAAGAAGUGACAGCAACACUGCACCUGCUCACCGUCGGCGCUACAGAAUCCACGAGCUUUAUGAACCGAAAGACUCCUUCAGGGCUCUUGGGCUCCCCAUUAUUGAGUGGCCUGGAAGAUAUCAACCUAGCAGCAGCGAGGGCAGAUUUCUGGCCAAGUUGGGCUUGAGAAGCUUCCCAUCUGCCCCAGAAUUGAUACAGAUCAUGGCACAAGAGGCCGCGGGCAAUGAUUUGCUUCUCUAUGGGAAGGCCAUGUCGUAUUAUAUCUCUGAGUAUCACAACAACGGUUAUGCAACAUUCGACUGUAGUUCGAUCAAUGUUCCAUUCCUGCCUAUUGAAGGGGAGAAAGGCCUUAGUGUGCCUAGUAAAUGUUUUACCGAUGAAGGCGCAAGUUUGUUCGGCUUCCGGAUUAUGCGCAAAGACCUCCAUCCCCAUUCUUCAAAGUUCGCAGUCAAGCAACAUCCGGCCCUUACGAACUGUCUAGACUACUUGCUUCGCCAACCCCCCUCUACCAAGCGUGAUGCGUGGGCAUUGUUCAGGUACUUGUCAGGACGAGUGUCCGAGCUCAACCCUCGAGAUAUUGAUCGCGUCAGCAACGCGCCGAUAGUGCCGAUCUCAACCAACGAAAGGACGGAGAAAGGCCCAAACACGCGUCGUGUGCCGCCCAGACUUUGCUAUCUGGGGGACGGCGAAGACUACCGGGAGAUUUUUGACUUCGUCGAUUUUGGACAGGAGGCAAAUUUGUUCCUCAUGGCCGUCGGCUCGAAGCGAGAGCCAACGAAGAUCGAACUCGCGCACAUGUUAGUCAAAGAGCCGGCCAGGGUAUCCUCCGCACUCCAAAGCGUGGACAAGUACCUCAAGCUACUACGAACCCUAGCGGAGAAUAUUUCUGUACUGAAAAAGGAUCGAGAACUCUUCGGCCAAAUGAAACAGUCCAGUUUUCUUUUGGUUAGCCGGGAUAUAUCUUCGCUUUCUCAAGUAAAGGGUAGGAAAGAAGUCAUAAACGGCUCGGAUGAAGAGGAUGACGACCAGAGUAUCAAGGAGUGGACUUUCACGGCAGCAAAAGAUGCAGUCGUAGUGGACGAUUUCCAAAGCUUCAACCUGUUCAAGGAGCAUAUUCUCGCUGCCCCCCAAGAAGAAGCCCUUGAAAAUUUCUACAUCACACUGGGGGCUAUGCCAUUGAGCAACCUCGUGGAAGAGCGCGGUCAUUGGGGAGCCAUUUCCACCGACCAAACCCCGGCGGUCAAACUGAAGAAGCUGAUCAACGAGCGAUGUCGUCUCUUUCUCCACGAGCAGUCUCCGGACUCCAUCUGCCACGACGUUCGAUGGCUGGACAAGAAUCUCCAGGUGCAGAUUGUCCAGUCCAUCUCACUCACUCGCUCUCUUCGGGGCCGUCGCGUCUCUCACACGCAGAACCGUGGCGCGAUAAUUACGAAGCAGGCGCCUUCCUGGUGCUUGUGGGUGGGCCCUGGUAAAUAUAACCUCUACGAAAUCAGUCAAGCUCUGGUACAUCUGAUCCUUGUACGGCCGAAACUUCACUCGACCCUCACACUGGAGAUGUUGUUGAAGACCGAUCUCAUGGAACUCAAGACGCGAGGAUAUAAUGUGGAACGGAUUCUCAAGCAAAAGGCGCACGAAGCCCGGGUUGCUGAGGACCAACGCCAGAAACAGUUGGAAGAGGAACGACGGCAGCUGCAGGAGAGGGAGGCCGCAUGGGCACGCGAGAGAGCCGAGGCGCAGGCACAGUCCCAACCGAUCAAGGACGAACGAUCAUCCCUUAUGCCAGGCGCCUUCCUCGACUCGCCCUCCAACGAAGAUGUUGGUCCCAGCAUCCUGCCGGACAGGGCCGAGUCAGACCAGGAACACCGCCAUCGGGGGCUAUUCUCCGGGUUGAGUAAACGCCUCGGAAUCGAGGGUGGGCGGUUCAACUGGGCCUCGUCGAACGCGGAGACAUCCCAACUUGUCCCUGCGAACUCUUCGAAUACCAGCACCCCUCCGCCUCCUUACUCGCCGGAAGAUCCCCAGAAAUCGCGUCCCGAGGCGCCGGUGACCGUUAGCCCCCCCCACCGUUUGCAAACAGAGUUGCUGUCGGCCAUCCAAGCCUGUCGGCCUCACGGAUCCUCGGGCGUCUAUAGCCGGCCCGAGACGAACCAGAUUACCGAAUCCAAGUCCUACUGCGACGAGAGACCGAGUCAAGAUUUGGAGUUUGUGGCGACCCUUCCUUGCGGGGUCCACGUCCUCGUUGUGAAGACGCUCUCGGAUCGAUCGAACUUCCUGGCGCAGAACAGCACCGGUAUGAACCUGUUUGCAUCCAUGUUGAUUGAUUGUGCGGAGGUGUUCUCUCUGCAGGCCAACAGUCUGAGUGUCUUCUACGAUCCGGGCGGCAAGACCAUUGCCUUCAAUCGAGCAGGCAGCAUCUUCUGCAAUUACUUCUACUUCCAACAAUUACACGAGCUAGACUUAAUACAGAGCCCAAUGGCCGAUCGAAGCGAGGCCCUAGUAUAUUGGUGGGUGAUACUGUGCCACGAGUUGGCCCAUAAUCUGGUGGGCGACCACAGCUCUGCUCAUAGCUAUUACACGGAGGGAUUCGUUGCGCAGUAUUUCUCCAAGAUCGCCACGAAGUUGAUCGAUGCCAGUCGAUCACUCCCAGCAGCCAGCAAGUCCUCCAUGCCCGAGGAUAUUACGCCGGCGAAGAACAUCCUCUAUGUUGAUGCGUAUGAUUCCUUUUCUUACAAUGUUGUCGCCAUGUUGGAAGAAGUUCUCGGGGUGAAGGUGACCGUCAUGAUGAUUGACUCCCUAUGGCCAGAUGGGAACAUGGUCGAGUUUCUCCAGCAUUAUGAAGCGGUGGUUCUGGGACCUGGCCCUGGUGAUCCCAAUCUCCCGCAGGAUAUCGGGGUCAUGAAGGAUCUCUGGAAUCUACGCGAAGCCGAUGUCUUGCCCGUCUUGGGGAUCUGCCUGGGCUUUCAAAGUUUAUGCCUUCACCAUGGUCACUCUAUAGGCCGAUUGCCACACCCUCUUCACGGGCAGGUCCAUCAGAUUACCACGACGCAAACCGAUAUUUUUGAGGCAAUCCAGGACGUGGAGGUCACCCUUUAUCAUUCGCUGUAUGCCAGGUGGGAUGGUGGGAAAGACUCGGUGCUAGGGGAUGGCAGCGAGGCCCAGGACCUGGAAUUGCUGGCCUGGCUGUAUGUGAAGGAAGAGAGCUCUCACGGGAAAACGAAAAUCCCCAUGGCCGUCCGGCAUAAGCAAAAGCCAUUUUGGGGGGUACAGUUUCACCCAGAAUCGUGCAAGUCAGAUCGCCGAGUUUGCAGCAUGCUUCUCCGGAGAUGGUGGGAAAUGACUCUCCACUACAACCAAGUGAACGGGCGGGGUGGCUAUGGGAGCCUUCCCGUGGAUAUCGUCCAGCCAUCGAGCGGCGUGUCCUCUCUUCCCGACAUUGCAUCCUCGAUGCUCAACUGGAGUUCCUCUACGUCUAAUCACGCGGCCUUUCGAGCGCUUGCAGCGGGCAAACUGGACGCCGACGUGAUCUGCGAACGGUUGAACCCCCCCAGCACCCCCACGGUGCUCUUCCAGUCGAACAAUCGAUACAGCGUGAUAUCAGUUCCAAGCCCUUCCAGCUGGAGGCUAGAAUUCUUCACCCAGACCGAGAAACUGCUGUUGGAAAAGGUACUGGGCCACUGCGAUGCGCACCCUGGUGCGGACUCGAAGGAGACGGUCACCGCAGGGCCAUUGUCCGUGCCGCAGCUCUGGGACGUUCUCAGGUACCUGAUGGAGAUGAAGAAGGUCGGGUCGGGUGACCCCGCGGUCCCAUUUUGGGGAGGCUUUCUAGGCUAUUUCUCGUACGAGUUGGGACUGGCCUGCCUCGCUCGGCCCAAAAACCACGACCUCCAGGGAUACCAUUCUGGGGAUGACGACUCCCGAGACCCGGCAGACGUCAGCCUACUGUGGACGGAAAGAAGCGUCGUCUUCGACAAGGAGACACGCCGCAUCACUAUCCAGUCGACUCGGGAGGCUGAUGAUGCGCCGGGUGGAUGGCUCGAUGAAACACUACGACUACUGGGAGGGCUUGCCUCGAUCGAGGUCCCGACGAAACUCAACACUGUCUCUGACGACUCCGAGUUCCUGGAUUCCAUUCUCCGGUGCGGAGUGACGCAGUUCCCGGAUCGCCACACUUACCAGGAACAAGUCACUGCAUGCCAGGCCGAGUUGGAGGCUGGAGAGUCGUACGAGCUCUGCCUGACGUGCGAAACGCCAAUUACAUUGCCUGCGGCCAGCACUAAGAAUGGUCGCGUGACUUUCCCCUGGAAGCUGUACAAGCGCCUCCGGCGGUACAACCCUGCAGCCUUCAGUGCAUAUGCGAGGCUAGGGCGUGUUAAGAUCGUGAGCAGCAGCCCCGAAUGCUUCCUGAACUGGGACCGAACUGCCACGCUGGAAAUGAAGCCUAUGAAGGGCACUGUUCAAAAAUCCGACGGGAUGACCCUACAGAAGGCCAAGGAGAUCCUGGGUACGACGAAGGAAAUGGCAGAGAACUUGAUGAUUGCGGAUCUGAUCCGCCAUGACCUUUAUGGGAUCUGCGGCUCUGGGGGGGUACACGUCGAGAAGCUGCUGGAGGUGGAGGAUCAUGGACGGGUCUAUCAAAUGAUCACACACGUCAAGGGGACCGUCGACUCCAACCGCCCAGGAUUUGCCGUCCGCAAACCGCUGCAAUUCCAGUCCUCCUGCAUGUCCGUCCAUGGACUGACGGCACUCCAGCGAUGCCUUCCUCCCGGCUCCAUGACAGGGGCUCCCAAGGAACGAUCGUGCAUGCACCUCCAGUCGAUCGAAGGCCGACGGCGCGGGAUCUACUCUGGGGUCAUGGGCUUUCUCGAUCUAGGGGGCGGAGGCAGCUUUUCGGUUCUCAUCCGCACCGCGUUCACCUGUUCAGAUGACCAGGACGAGGAGCAAUUGUGGCGGAUUGGCGCUGGGGGUGCGGUGACCGUUCUGAGCACCGCCCAGGGUGAGUGGGAAGAGAUGGUGACCAAGCUGCGCACUGUGGGUGGGAUUUUCACCCCGAUGAAUCCAUAG